AUGCUUGUCACCUUAACGUAUGAAUAUCGUUGCGAGGAUUUCGAGGAAACCGAACGUCUUCUCAACAUCGUUGUGAAUUUGUCGACGCCUAGAACCGAUCCACAAGAGACUGAAAUUCGUAAUCGCGCUGUUAAUUCAAUGACAAGGGACGAAGUUGACGCUGUGAACAUUGAAGGAGUUCAUAUUCGCGCCACUUUGCUUCCAAUCAUGACGGUUGGUGUUCAAGGAGAUUGUCGAUCAUACUCUUACGUUGUUGCUCUGUCGACGAAUGCAAGACCAAUUCCAUGGAAAAUGCUUUACACAUACGCCGGUGUUAUUCCGAAACUUUUUCAUAAGAUUAAUAGAGUUGCCUACGUCUUUGGUGAACAAGUUGAAUAUCCAGUUCACGGCGUUACAGUCACUCAUCUUGUUCAGCCAAUUAUUGAAAAACUUCAACGAGCAGAUAAAGCCGCUACCGAUAUUCUUUUCGGAAGAGUCAAGGGACAGCAUGGACAGAAGCUCCCUGAUGUUGGCCGAAAAGUACAGCAGAUGCCCGUUGUUAUGAUUCCUGUCGAUUUUGAUCGUGAUGAAACAAUGCCAAACUCGUUCAAGCAUUCUUUCGUCCUGAGACCAUUCAUCACUUCUGACUUUAUGACUGGCAUUGCAGCGGUGCCAGGCGUUCAUAUUCCGGAGCAGACAAUUUUCGAAAUGGAGGCUGCAAUCCGACAGUGCGUGAAUACCUCCCGCGUUCUCCUUGACAUGACCAGUAAGCCACCAGGCACAACCGAAUGGGAAUAA